AUGAGUGCAAAACAAAUAUUUGAGAUUCUGCCACUUACUGAAGAUGAAAUUGCAUAUCUUCAGUCCCUACUACCUGCAGUUAAAACUUCAGGUACUGUUGUCACCUCGACAAUGUAUAAGUACAUGUUCGAGACAUAUCCAGAAGUCCGAAACUAUUUUAAUAUGACCAACCAGAAAACCGGAAGACAACCAAAAGUACUUGCAUUUUCAUUGUAUCAGUACAUUUUACAUUUGAAUGAUUUGUCUCCAAUUUCUGGAUUUGUUAACCAAAUUGUGUUAAAACAUGCUGGUUUAGGUAUAUUACCAGAACAGUAUCCAAUUGUUGGCAAAUGUUUAAUCCAUGCUUUUAAAGAAGUUCUGGGUGCUGCAGCGGACGAUCAUUUUGUAGAAGUGUUGACCAAGGCAUACGGAAACUUGGCUCAGACUUUAAUUAAUGCGGAAGAAGAAGUAUAUAAAACCUUGCCAUGGAGAGGGUUCAAAGACUUCAAGGUGGUUGAUUUAGUUAAAGAAUCUGGCGAUGUUACUUCCGUUUAUAUUACCCCAGCUGAUGGCUUCAAAUUGAAACCUGUGGUUCCUGGCGAGUAUAUCUCGUUUAGGUUUAAACCUAAGGGUCCAGAGAGUGAUGAGAUUGAGCCUAGAGAGUACUCCAUUUCACACGAUUUGAUUAACAAUCAAUAUAGAAUAUCAGUUCGUAAUAUCGGGUUGGUUUCUGAUUAUGUUAACAACAAGCUGAGUGUUGGGGACUUAAUCCCAGUUCAUGCACCUGUCGGAACCAUGAAGUACGACUCUUUGUCGAAAAAGCCAAAAAUUGCUGUCUUGGCUGGUGGUAUUGGGAUCACCCCAAUGAUUACGAUUAUGCAAAGCGCUUUGAGGGAUAAUAAGAGCGUCGAACUAUAUUACUCAAAUAAAUCUUUAAAAAGAGAACCUUUUAGAGAAGAGCUCGAGCAUCUAGGUAAGCUUUACCCAAAUCAAUUUACCAUGAAAACUUUCAUCUCGGAGGAGAGCCAAAAGUUGACAACAGAUGAUUUAAAACACCUAAGCCAACAAAUAUAUGAUGUGUACUUAUUGGGUCCUGUUAGCUACAUGCAUGAAUUCAAGACAUACUUGACAAACGAAGGCUUUGAUGACAUCAAGAUGGAAUUCUUUGGUCCUACUGACCCGGACUGCUAA